GGCGCGCCGAGCGCUGGCAGCAGUGGCGGGCGCAUGUGGGGGCGCGCGGCGCGGCGGCACUGCCCGCGGGGGCUGCGGCGGGGCCGGGAGGCGCUGCUGGCGCUGCUGGUGCUGCUGGCCCUGGCCGGGCUGGGCUCGGUGCUGCGGGCGCGGCGCGGGGCCGGGGCGGCCGAGCCGAGACCCCCGCGUGCCCCGCGCUCCGGGCGGCACGACCCGGUCCUGCCGCGGCCGCCGGUGCCCGCGGACGCUCUGGGCGCGCGGGGCGAGGCGGUGCGGCUGCAGCUGCAGGGCGAGGAGCUGCGGCUGCAGGAGGAGAGCGUGCGGCUGCACCAGAUCAACACCUACCUCAGCGACCGCAUCUCGCUGCACCGCCGCCUGCCCGAGCGCUGGAACCCGCUGUGCAGAGAGAAGAAAUACGAUUAUGGACAUUUGCCCACGACAUCUGUUGUCAUAGCGUUUUAUAAUGAAGCCUGGUCAACUCUCCUUCGGACAGUUUAUAGCGUCCUCGAGACGUCCCCAGACAUCCUGCUAGAGGAAGUUAUCCUCGUAGAUGACUACAGCGAUAGAGAGCACCUGAAGGAGCGGCUGGCCAGCGAGCUGUCGGGGCUGCCCAAGGUGCGCCUGAUCCGCGCCAACAGGAGGGAGGGCCUGGUGCGAGCCCGGCUGCUGGGGGCUUCCGUGGCCAAGGGCGACGUGCUGACCUUCCUGGACUGCCACUGUGAGUGCCACGAGGGGUGGCUGGAGCCACUGCUGCAGAGGAUCCACGAGGAGGAGUCGGCAGUGGUGUGCCCUGUGAUCGAUGUGAUCGACUGGAACACGUUCGAGUACCUGGGGAACCCCGGGGAACCCCAGAUCGGGGGCUUCGACUGGAGGCUGGUGUUCACGUGGCAUGUGGUUCCCGAGAGAGAGAGGACGCGGAUGCGCUCCCCCGUCGACGUCAUCAGGUCUCCAACCAUGGCUGGUGGGCUGUUUGCUGUGAGUAAGAAAUAUUUUGAAUAUCUGGGGUCUUACGAUACAGGAAUGGAAGUUUGGGGCGGAGAAAACCUCGAAUUCUCCUUUAGGAUUUGGCAGUGUGGUGGGACCCUGGAGACACACCCGUGUUCUCACGUUGGCCACGUUUUCCCCAAGCAAGCUCCCUACUCCCGCAGCAAGGCUCUCGCCAACAGCGUCCGUGCAGCUGAAGUGUGGAUGGAUGACUAUAAAGAGCUCUACUACCAUCGCAACCCCCACGCCCGCUUGGAACCCUUUGGGGACGUGACGGAGAGGAAGCAGCUACGUGCGAAGCUCCAGUGUAAGGACUUCAGGUGGUUCCUGGAGAACGUGUAUCCAGAACUGCACGUGCCUGAAGACAGGCCGGACUCCUUCGGGAUGCUCCAGAACAAAGGACUAAAAGAUUACUGCUUUGACUAUAACCCUCUCAGUGACAACCAAAUCACGGGACACCAGGUCGUUCUGUACCUCUGCCACGGGAUGGGUCAGAACCAGUUUUUCGAGUACACGUCCCGGAAUGAACUCCGCUAUAACACCCGCCAGCCAGAGGGCUGCGUAGCUGUGGACGCGGGAACCGAUCUUCUCACCGUGCAUCUCUGCGAGGACACUGCCCCGGAAAAUCAGAAGUUCGUCUUGCAGGAGGAUGGUUCUUUAUUCCACGUACAGUCCAAGAAAUGUGUUCAGGCCGAGAGGAAGGCGCUCGGCAGCAGUUUCGUACCACUCCUGCGAGACUGCACCAACUCGGACCUGCAGAGAUGGUUCUUCAAGGAGCGCAUGUUGUAAAGUGUCGCUGCUCCAAGGAACCUGUGGAGGGAGACUGGGCCCUUGGACUCUGUGCCCGGCAGAGACUUAGCUAAGUACAGUGACAGUCCCUCCAAAACGUGGCUGCUCCUCUUUUGUAAGGAAAUCAUUUUGCAGUUUGUGAAAGUGAUGUUGGAUUUAGUAAGACUGUGAAUAAGCUUUGUACUGAUUUUGAAAACUUUAAAAUUGUUCUCAACACCCUAUUUUCAAAGGGUAAUCACAAAAUGUUAACUCUUGGUAUUCAGAGAGUUAAAAACCUUGAAAUAUUUUUCUAUCAAGAUGUAUAUUCUACUGUUGUGCCUUUUUUAUUCCCCCUAGCAGAAAGGUAAAUAUUUUAUUUUGGUAUUUGCAAGGAUUGCCAGGUAUAAAGAUGUGUGCGCGUGUGGGAGUUAGACUCAUCUAAUGUACUUUGCAUAAACUGAUGGUACCUCGAAUGUUCCGUUAGAAUUUUCUCAGUGUAGACAGAUGGGCACUAGGAACGUUGUACUGAUUCCUUCAGGCCUUUGAGAUGUUCUACAUUCAUUUAAUAAAGAAUGCUGUUUGGUUAUGUGUCACUACCAUAGUCAAAGCGCUGGUUAAUGUUUAUGCUAGCCAAAGGGGACUAACCAAAGCUGGGCUCCCCAAGGAGCAGUGUGACUGCCCGGCUCCUAUAGACUCCCCCAUACGGGGCGGGCUUCUGACCAUGCCUGACUGAGGCCUGGCCGGCCACCUUCAGUAACUACCACUAUGACUUUGAAGCGUGUUUGCAUCAUUUUUAAUUUUUACCACACGUUAGUGUCUGGAGGAAAUGUACUGUUCCUUAUGAAAUCCAGCUUCCAAAUUUGUUCAUUGAUAAUACUGGGUCGUUAAGUCGAUGUCAGAUGUGAUGUGCGGCAGUUGCUGCUCAGCUUUCUCUCAGUCCUUCUGGUUUGUGAGCCAUCCCAGAUCCACUUGUGAGAUUCUGUCAAGUUGGUGAAGUCAAUAUGAUUGAUUUUUAAAAAUGUGAGAACAUUGCAGAUCUUUGUUUUUGUAAUUAUUGGAUGUGAGAGAUGAAGACACAUGUACAAUUGAUUAAAAAGUAUCAACUUACA